AUGAAUGUCUUCCAAUCACCAACUUUGCUUUCCCAUCAUCUUCAUCAUCACCACCAGAUAUCAAAACCACCUGCUGCUGCUGCUGCUGUUGCUGCCGAUGCCCCUACAACAAUACCAUUACAGUUAAUUGAAACCUCAUCGCUUGAAUUUGAGGACGACGAUGAUACUUCCAGUCAAGGCAGCGUCUUCUCAUCAAUACUAGAUAAUGAAUGUCCCGAGUCAUUAGCGUCUGUCAUUCCAGAACCCAUCAUUGAGUUAUUUAACCGUUUGUCAGGAGACCAACCAUCGAUAUCCCCGGAGGAAUUCGUAAAGUUUUACAAAUCUCAGAAUAACUGCUUGAUUACUCAACAUCAAUCGCAACUUAUCCUCGACAAAUACUCCACAAAUAAUAAAAAUAUCAAUACCAGCGGUUGUCAGCCCUCCAUCACUCUAGAAUCUUUCCAUAAAUUCCUCACAUCAAAUGAUAAUUGUCUCAUGAAUAACAACCUUGGCCUUGAAGAUUUCACUAGACCUCUCAAUCAAUACUACAUCUCGUCAUCACACAACACUUACCUAACUGGCCGGCAAAUCGGCGGUACAUCAUCAAUAGAUCUCUACAUCUCAGCAUUAUCCAAGGGUUGUCGAUGUAUCGAAAUCGACAUUUGGGACGGCGCCAAUGGCCCAGUGGUGAGCCAUGGCCCAACAUUGACUACCUCGGUCAAUCUCAAUAAAGUCAUUGAAACAAUUCGUCACUACGGCUUUCUUCAUUCGGAUUUGCCCCUAAUUUUAUCAGUGGAAAUCCAUUGUAAAAAACAGUACCAACAUCAAGUUAAACAGUCCUUUGUUAACGGACUUGGCGAUUUGUUAAUGCAAGGAAAUAAUAAUAACGCCGACAACCUAUCCGAUGAGCAUUUGCCACCAGUUGAUCAAUUGAAAAACAAAAUCUUGAUUAAAAUCAAAAGACCAUCAAACACAAACAUCACCACCUCUCAACCACCAUCAUUAUCCAGUUGUUCUUCCACCUCAGGGGGCUUUUAUUCCAUCAAUGGCACCGGGUCUUUUAUGUCUUACAUCAAUUCAACCUCAGGGUUCCUACAUCACACUUCAUCAUCAUCAUCAUCAUCAUCAUCAUCAUCACUUAGCGAAACUUCAAUGUCAACCGCCGGCGGUUCUGGAGGGGAUUCCGACUCGCAUUUUUCUAUUCCUUCAUCAUCUUCUGAAUCAUCUUUGGGACUUCUUUCUCCGAAUUUUUCAACGUUAUCAAUAUCCAAUAACAAGAAACACAAGAUCAUUCCAGAACUCUAUCAAAUGAGCCAUUACAUUCACGGAGUUAAAUUCAAAAACUUUUGUUCUACCGACGCCAAAACUUUCAACCAUUGCUUUUCGUUUAGCAAUUCCAAACUUUAUUCCAUGCUUCGCCAUGCUUCCCCCUCGACAAUCGAAGCGGUUCAUUUACAUAAUACCAACCAUUUGAUGAGAAUUUAUCCAAGUGGGUACAAGAUUAACUCUAGCAACUUUGAUCCCACCACUUUUUGGAAAUUCGGCUGUCAAAUGGUCGCCACCAAUUGGCAAACCUGGGAUCUCGGAGAACAAAUCAACGAAUCGAUGUUCAAUUAUGGCAGUAGAUCCGGCUUUAUUUUGAAGCCGCAAUAUCUAUUAGAUUCGCAAUCGUCUUCCUAUGGUAACUCGUUGAUUAGAAAUUCCAGUAUUGAUGAAUCGAACUUAUCCAACGUCAAGUUUUGUAUUGAGGUUCUUCACGGGGAAUUCAAUAAUAAUGCGAGUUCUAAACCUUCGCCAAUCACCAUGAAGAUCAUUGGUCAUGAAUCAAAAAGUCAAGGGUUGCGCAAAUUUUUAGCCAAUUCGUUUUUCAAGAAAUCAAAACUGUUGACUUCCAAUACCAUGUGGCAAAACUCCAAAUUUUCUGGUGAGUUGUUCAACACCUUAUUCGAAUUUCUUUUCCUUAAAUUUUCUAUUGGUAAUGGUGAAUUCGAAAGAAGUGUGGUGGUUAGAAUGUGUUAUUUGAACAAUGGUUAUAAGUUCUUUUCACUUGUUGAUGAAUUUGGGAACGAAACUGAUGAAAAAUUAUUUGUCAAGAUUGACAUUACCGUUAAUUGA